AUGGUGAAAACCCGACGUAGCAACGGUGAGAAUGGGGAGGUUGACGAAGGAAAUUAUUCAAUAAACGAUGUUGGAAGCAUCUCUGAUGAGAAGGCAUCAAAUUGGUCCCAACGAGAGUUAAGAAGUAGUCAAUAUAAAGUUGCAAGAAAAAUCCAACGCUGGCCUACAAGAUACAGCCGCAGUAGACUUCGUGCUAUAAAAAUGCCGAGAAUUAUGUUUCCCGAAAGUGAUACUGAACCUGAAAAAUAUUCAAGGAGGUCCCGGCAAGUUAGAGUUUUCUUUGCUGAUGAUAAUGAUGCUAGUAACAGGAGCAUGAAGAUUCGUCGUAAUCGUGGACCCAGGAAGAACUAUAUGGAAGACAGUGAAGAUAAGCCAAUACAACAAAAUAUUUCAGAUGUGCGGCGUAGCUGCCGGAAGCGUAAGUUGCUACAUCACAAUUUUAACGAAAGCUGGAUUACUAAUGAGCUGAAAGUCAAAGGAUAUCCGGACUUGUAUGGAUUUAAUGGAACUAGUUCCUCGGACGAAUUCUCUUCUGGUGAUGAAGCUAGGGAAACAAAGAAAUUGACUCGUAGUCACCCGCCUACAAACACCGAUGAAGACACUCAGCUGUCCAGGCAAAGAAGAACUUCAGCUAGAUUCACUAAUAAUAAAAAGGAUGUAUCAGAUUCGGAUUCAGAUAAUGAAAAUAAUCAAACGGUCAUUGAAAAGAAGCAAGCGGAAACCAAGCAGGAGAGUGACAAGAGCGAGACAGAAGACAAACAGAAGACAGAGAGAGAAGAUAAGGCUGAGGUCAAGGAAGAACAGGAUAGCAACAGUAAUCAAGGUCCGGCCCGUUCGACCAGGGGUAGAGGUCGGAGAGGUCAGAAGAAAGACAGCCAACAGGAAACAGCGUCUUCAUCAUCUGAGUCAAGUGCGCCUCGAGCUCGUCGCCCGCGGCGGUCCGUGCGGGCUCGAGCACCGCCCGCCUUCGUACAGCUGGCUGACCGGGAGACGAGGACGCGAGGUAAAUCCUUUGCACUAAGAAAGAAGCCAUACAGUCUAAGAGAAAGAAAACCGAAAUUACUUCGUAGAAAAACGAUCAGAUCACAAUCACCAUCUAGCAGUAGUAGCAGCAGUAGCACAAGUAGCUCAGAUACUGAGGAGGAUUUAAAUGUAUCAAUGAAAAAUAAAACCAAGGGCAGACAAAAAUCCAAAUGUAUAGAUGACAAAAAGACUGACAGAGCGUUAAGGGAUAUACAACCUAUUGAAGUUGACGGCAGUGUUAGGUUCUCAUCAGUCGGCGGUUUGGAGGAGCAUAUAAAGUGUUUGCGAGAAAUGGUUCUCUUCCCGCUAAUGUAUCCGAGUUUGUUCGAGAAGUUCAAAACUCGACCGGCCAAAGGCGUUCUAUUUCACGGCCCGCCCGGGACUGGCAAGACCUUAUUGGCUCGAGCGUUGGCUAAUGAGUGUAGUUUGAUCGGCGGACGGAAGGUCGCCUUCUUUAUGAGGAAGGGGGCGGACUGCUUGAAGAAGUGGGUUGGGGAAAGCGAACGACAUCUCAAGUUGCUGUUUCAACAGGCAAACAAAAUGAAACCAUCAAUAAUAUUCUUUGACGAGAUCGACGCUCUGGCUCCCGUGCGUAGCGUGAGGCAGGAACAGGUUCAUACUAGCGUCGUGGGGACGCUGCUGGCUGAAAUGGAUGGAGUCUGUGACAGAGGUGAAGUAGUUGUUAUCGGUGCAACGAAUCGUCUGGACGCAGUGGAUCCCGCCCUGCGACGCGCCGGUCGGUUCGACCGCGAGCUCCACUUCCCCCCACCACACGCGGCCGCGCGCCGCGAGAUACUGGAGAUAUACACGCGGGAAUGGAACCCGCGACCCUCCACAGAUACUAUACUACGGAUAGCUGACAUCACUAACGGAUAUGGAGGUUCGGAUCUGAAGGCGUUAUGCUCUGAAGCGGUAUUGAAGGCGCUGAGGAGAGUUUAUCCGCAAGUGUACGAUAGUGAAUACGCGCUCGUUAUAGAUCCUAAAAACGUAGAAGUCACGGAAGGUGAUUUGGAGUCAGCGAUGGCUGGUCUGGUAGCGGCGGGCGCUCGAAGUAGUCCCGCCCCGGCGCGACGACUACCAUCAUACUGCGAGCCUUUAUUACAGGCGCAACUUAGAGCUGCGUUAUCACUUCUCAAACAACCAUUCAUUAAAGGCACUGGAAAAAAAUCAGAUAUGCCGAUGUCAUCCAACGUGUUAUUAUUGGAGGGUGAAUGUUCUGACACUCAUCUCGCGCCCGCGGUGUUAGCACACUUCGAACAAUGUACCGUUCGUGAGCUCAGUGUCGCUACUUUACACUCGGCGCUGGCCUACACGCAGGAACAAGCGCUUAUAUCGUUAUUCUCCGAGUGUCGUCGCGCGGAGGGCGGGUGUGUGUUAAUGGUUCGCGAGGCGGAGGCGGUGUGCGGAGCCCUAGGCGGCGCGGGGCUUCUGGUACAGCUGUGGCGCUCCCGGGCCGCCGGCGACCGGACGCUACUACUGGCGACCUCGCCACAUACACCGCUCACUGAUGAUCUCAAAGAAUUGUUCCCAGCAUACAAAGACUGCACAUACCGAGUCCGUGAUCCCACUAUAUCUGAAGUUAUAAACUUCUUGAAGCCGAUAUUGACGGAAGUACCUCUAGAAGAACCUGUUAUACAGAAUAAUGAACCGCCGCCCCCUUUACCGCGAGCCCCUCCCCCUCCCCCGCCGCGAGAGAGUGAAGAAGAAAUAGCGAGACGGAAAAGGAAAGAAGAUUACAAGCUGAGAGAAUUGAGGAUAUUUCUACGAGAUAUUUGCAGGAAGUUAGCUUCUAACAGACGCUUUUAUAAGUUCACCAAACCUGUUGAUCUGGAGGAGGUGACAGAUUAUCUAGAUAUUAUAAAGCAGCCGAUGGAUCUCGAGACUAUAAUGACUAAGGUGGACAUGCACAAGUACAACUGUGCGCAGGAGUUCCUCGACGACGUGGACUUGAUAUGCGCUAACGCACUCGAGUAUAACCCAGACAGGACGUCAUCGGACAAACAGAUCCGUCAUGAAGCGUGUUCUUUGAGGGACCACGCGCAUGCGCUCAUCGACGUUGAGAUGGACAGCGACUUCGAGCUCGAGUGUCAGGACAUAGCUCGCAGACGGCGUGAGGAAGGUGCCGCUGACAACGACCUGCCUGACUUCAUAUACACGGCGUCCAACCUGCCGGACGGUCUUGAUAACUCAACAAAUGAUAAGACGAUCCGAACACCACAGAACGGCGAGAAGAACGAGACUCACUCCGCGAAACGGAAGAGGAGAAGAAUUAACGCCUGGUCCAAGGGACUGGUGGUGAAGCGACAGAAAACACAGAGGAAUUUUAAGGAUUCAUCGCUAGCGGUGACGGAUGAAGAGUGUAAGGAAAACCAGCCAAUAACAUCCACCCCGCUACCUAACGGGUCUUGUAGCUCGGGCUCCGACGAUGACGCGCCUCUCAGACGACCGGCGGCCGACCCGCUCGACAACAACGACAAGGACUAUCACAACCACGUGCGGGACAGCCCAGCAAAAACUGAGAAGUCACCAACGAAACAAUCACCAAAGAAAAGGAAUUCAGGUCACGAGGCCUCUAGUGGAGAUUCAGAGAAGGUACUGAUAAACAAGACUGAACUAGAUAACCUACUGUAUAAAAACGCAAAGUCCUUGAGAAGCAUCGGCCUCACAGCCUUACUUGAUCUACACGAACAACUAGCGGCCGUUGUUCACUCAUACAGCGACAAAUACGAUAGGAACAAACUGCCAAACGAGCUAAACACUAUCAUAACGAGGUACAUACAGUUAGCGAAGAAGUGA